ACACAGUGUAGCAGAAGCCAAAGCCAAGCCCGCUUAGCGGCCUGUCAGUAUCAGUAGUACCUUCACUUCUACCCAACGUAGGUGCGGUCCAAAACGAGUGCACGUGGAAAAUAUUGGUCCCCUUGAACCUGGCGUUUGUUCAAGUUGUAAUCCCUCAAACUAGUGGUGUUGAAAUGGCAACGCCACUGGCAGACUCUCCCGCAAGGGACUGCUGUACAAACACACACAGUCCUGUGGAUCAAGAACAAAAGCGGCUUCGUCUCCUUAACUUACUUCGGAAAGAGAUUGCUGCUGUCCGCACCACAAUAGACUCCUACAAUAAAGGAAUUUCACCUUCAUUGAACCAGCAGAUGCCAUAUGUUGCCCAACUUCUGAGUGGCUCUGACUCUGCCAUGCGAAUUACUGUGCGGGGCACAGCACAGGGCCUUGAAGCAACAAGGGAGUUAACUAUUAACUUAAACCAAGCCAAUGCAUCCACUCAAGCUGUAGAUAAGAAUCAUGAAGAAAUGAUGGGAUGGGCACAACUAGUGCAUUAUCUGCUGCACUCUAGAGGCAGGCUCACCAAGACAAAACCUGUGAUUCAGUUUCACAGACCUGACAAUAGUAUAAGACUUUCAGAGCCCUUUGAAUCAAUAGGAGAGAAAGCUGAGUAUCUUGCUGACUGUACAGAGCUGCGUACGUUUAAAGGACUUCGAUCCUUACACUGCGGCUACGAUCCAGACUGGGCAUUGCGUGUAUUGCAGGUUGUGGCACCUCACAUUGAAGACUUACACAUAACAGACCCAGGCCCAGCACACCUUCAGGUUCUUGCAACUAUGCCCAGACUUAGGCGGCUUCAAAUUUGGAGUGCGAGUGCUGCUAUAGUGUGUGAUGACUUCGGUCCAUUUAGAUGGCCUGACCAGGACAACCCUCUUGAGAGCAAGUUCACUUAUGACCUUAAAGACCCUACAAAGGCAUGGCAGUUUGAAGAUGUUCCUAGGUCACAUGUUGGUAUAGUGUGGCUAAAGAUCUGGUUGCCACGUCAUAUAGCAUUACCAUUAAUUGCACAACACCGCCGUACCCUGCGAGAGCUCUCUCUAGAGGUUGAUCUUCCACCAGAUAGACCAAUAAGUGAACUCUGCGACCCUAACUGGGCGUGGGGCAGUAAUGACUUGCCAGAGCGUUUGGGCGAACUGGUGGAGCGUUACCAGUUUGAUGCACUGCGCCUUGUGGAGCUCUACCGUAUCUCAAAACAUGGAAGGUCAUAUCAAAAGUGCCAGGUACAGCUCCAAGCAGUGCGCAAAGCUAUUGCUAAGAGCCUAGGCACUAGAGUGGUAGUAAUAUGCAACCGUUGUGGCUAAGCUGUAGUAUUUGCCAGAGUGUGCGUUGUUAACAAUCCUUUCUGUGAUAAAAAAACAAAAAAACAAUCUAUUUUGAUAGCAGAGUAUGCACAAAUUUGUGUUGACAGAUGUUUGAUAUGUUUAUAAGGUAAUUUUCUAACCCUGGAAACAUUAGAGGGAUGUAUUACAGAUAAUUUAUUUGUGACAAAACAUUCGUUUCGGGGUGGCAUUUUUCCAUUUUCACUUUUGCUGUACUGAGUCUGAUACCCAUUUGAGAUAAUCUUCGCUCCCGCUUUCAAUCUGGAAAAGAAACAAAAGUUGAAAAAAUAUCAACCUUAAGUGUUUUUAUUGAAGCAAAAUUUUUAGGAAAGGGUGGAUGUAAGACGUAAAAAAGACUUGUAUGAUUAAUUAAGGGAUGGGAAUACUUACUGGAACUGAAAUGACUUCGGGGCAAUCAUACGGGUGAUCAUUCCUGUAAAAAAACAGAACAUUUUUAAGAGAGAAAUUCUUUAUAAUUUUUAACACAUUCAGUAUGAACUAUUUGUUUCCAAUAGCUUACUUGACCAACUGAACAACAUCUGCUAUAAGCGAGGUUCUCGUUUUAAUCAUCUGAAAAUUUAAGCAUGUCUUUUCAGCUACAAGUAGUUGCCAAUAGAUUCAAUUUUGUAAAGGAAUGACUGAAAAAUAAACUCACCAUUAAUA